AUGCCUCCAUCAGCCAAGAAGAAAAGCAAUGCACCCUUGGAGCCUCACGAGCAGCUGCUGGAACCUCCAAUACUGCUGCCAUGGCUGUUAGAAUUGGACGCCCUAAUCAGAAUCGAUCCACCAACUGCGAGGAUCGUAGCACUGACGUGUCAAACCAAAACCUUUCCCAAACCUCCAACUGUGAUGACCGUUGCGCUGGAUCUUCAAGAAACUGACCCCAUUGCACCCAUUGUGAUGACGAUGGUCAUCACAUCAAUACCUACUGCAAGUUUCACAGGCCAAACCAAGGAUGGGAUGCAGUCUAUUAUGUCUAGCCUUUCAGACCUUCAAAUUCAGCAAAUGUUGGCUAUCAUGCAUGACAAACCAGCACCUGACAAGAAAUCCCAGGUCAAUGCCGCUGCCACCAAUAAAGUGACUUUUUUCCCAUAUUGGUGUAUUUUGCAUGACCUUGUUACAAGAAAGAUGAUUGGUUUGGGUAUGCAACAUGGGAGGCUUUAUUAUUUGGUGGCACUAUUGGCGGAGAAACCCCCCAACACAACCCACCAAUAUCCCUCUCACCGUCCAUCCUGCAAUCACACUGUCACCACCACCGACCUUUGGCGUCUUCGUCUUGGUCAUGUUUCUUCCUCCAGAUUAAAUUUUAUGUCUAAGCAUUUAAUAGAUUUCCCUUUUGUCUCUAAUAAUGCUUGCCAUGGUUGUCCCUUAGCAAAGCAGAGUCUUCUCCCUUUUGGAACAAGUUCAAUUUCCUCUGUCAAAACAUUUGUCAAUAGUUGA